AUGGAGAGCAGAGAGCUGCAGCGGAAUCGAGGAUUCUUUCAGGUCAAGACGUCAGGCGUGCUGGGAGAGGGAGGGUCGGCUGUGUCCCCUGUUAAUCUGCCAGCGGUGCUUUCUACAGCCCCGCUGGAAACGGGGGUGGGUUGGUCGGGUCCUGCCGCGACCCGCCACGGCCACCGUGCAGUAGCUAUCAAGGAGCUUAUAGUGGUGUUUGGCGGCGGCAAUGAGGGGAUAGUGGACGAACUACACGUGUACAACACUGCGACCAACCAGUGGUUCAUCCCAGCUGUGAGAGGGGAUAUCCCUCCAGGGUGUGCAGCCUAUGGCUUUGUAUGUGAUGGUACUCGCCUGCUGGUGUUUGGUGGAAUGGUAGAGUAUGGAAAAUACAGCAACGACCUCUAUGAGCUCCAGGCAAGUCGCUGGGAAUGGAAGAGACUGAAGGCAAAGACACCCAAAAACGGGCCUCCUCCGUGUCCUCGGCUUGGACACAGUUUCUCCCUUGUGGGCAACAAAUGUUACCUGUUUGGGGGUCUGGCCAAUGAUAGUGAGGACCCCAAGAACAACAUUCCGAGGUACCUGAAUGACUUAUAUAUUCUCGAACUACGGCCAGGCUCUGGAGUGGUAGCUUGGGACAUUCCCAUCACUUAUGGUGUCCUGCCUCCACCCCGGGAGUCACAUACUGCUGUGGUCUACACUGAAAAAGAUAACAAGAAAUCCAAACUGGUGAUCUAUGGAGGGAUGAGUGGCUGCAGGCUAGGGGACCUUUGGACCCUGGACAUUGAGACACUGACACUUGGUACUUCUCUUCAAUCCUCUCUUGCUUUUUUUCCCCUUCAUCCUCCUAGAAUGUAUGUAUUUGGUGGCUGGGUGCCCCUUGUCAUGGACGAUGUCAAAGUGGCCACACACGAGAAGGAAUGGAAGUGUACCAACACACUGGCUUGUCUCAACCUGGAUACCAUGGCCUGGGAAACCAUCCUGAUGGAUACACUGGAGGACAACAUUCCUCGAGCUCGAGCAGGCCACUGUGCUGUUGCCAUCAAUACUCGCCUGUAUAUUUGGAGUGGCCGUGAUGGCUACCGCAAGGCCUGGAACAAUCAGGUCUGCUGCAAGGACCUGUGGUAUCUGGAGACAGAAAAGCCACCACCCCCAGCCCGAGUACAACUAGUACGAGCCAACACCAACUCACUGGAGGUUAGCUUGGUGCAGUGGCAACAGCCCGGUGGUUACCUUCUACAACUCCAGAAAAUGGACAUUCCCUGGCUACAGCCUGCAUGGGCUACCUCCCCACUCCCAGUCAAUCCCCUCUGCCUGCUAACCUCCUAAGAGCCCUCGCUCAGCAGCAGCUGCCAAAACGCUGUUGUACAACCACUGGACCAAGUAGGCAUCACACUUGUGCCCCAGGCUGCCACUGCACCCCCAAGCACAACCACCAUCCAGGUCUUGCCGACAGUGCCAGGCAGCUCCAUUUCUGUGCCCACUGCAGCCAGGACUCAAGGUAAGUCGGCCAUAGGCAUUUGUGUACCCUUGCUGUUCAAAGUGAUUGGUCCUCAAGCUACAACAGGAACACCACUGGUCACCAUGAGACCUGCAAGCCAGGCUGGAAAAGCUCCUGUCACUGUGACUUCCCUGCCUGCCAGUGUGAGAAUGGUUGUACCCACUCAGAGUGCCCAGGGGACGGUGAUUGGCAGCAACCCACAGAUGAGUGGGAUGGCUGCAUUGGCUGCUGCUGCUGCUGCCACACAGAAAAUCCCUCCUUCCUCAGCACCCACAGUGCUAAGUGUCCCAGCAGGCACCACCAUUGUCAAGACAGUGGCUGUGACACCUGGUACAACCACUCUUCCAGCCACUGUGAAGGUGGCCUCCUCACCUGUUAUGGUGAGCAACCCAGCUACUCGAAUGCUAAAGACUGCAGCUGCCCAAGUGGGGACAUCUGUGUCCUCUGCUGCCAACACAUCUACCCGCCCUAUCAUCACAGUACAUAAAUCAGGGACUGUAACAGUGGCCCAGCAAGCCCAGGUGGUGACCACAGUGGUAGGCGGAGUCACCAAGACCAUCACUCUAGUGAAGAGCCCCAUCUCUGUCCCGGGAGGCAGUGCUCUGAUUUCCAAUCUUGAAAAGUGAUGUCAGUGGUCCAGCACCAAACCAGUUCAGAUCAGCAGUGACAGCCAAGGAUCUACAGGUCUCAUAACUUCUCCCUUUCAGACCAAAGGACCCCUGCCAGCAGGGACUACCCUGAAGCUGGUGACAUCAGCAGAUGGCAAGCCCACAACCAUCAUCACCACCACACAGGCUAGUGGGCAGGGGACCAAGCCUAUCCUGGGCAUCAAGGUCUCUCCUAGCACCACCAACCGCAAUACUACCAUCAUUAAGACCAUUCCUGUCAGUAUUCAUCACCAGGCAGGCGCCACAGGUGUUACCAGCAGUCCUGGCAUUAAGUCCCCCAUCACAAUUAUCACCACCAAGGUGAUGACUUCAGGAACAGGAGCACCUGCCAAAAUCAUCACUGCUGUCCCCAAGAUUGCUACUGGCCAUGGGCAACAAGGAGUGACCCAGGUGGUGCUAAAGGGGGCCCCUGGACAGCCAGGCACCAUCCUCCGCACUGUGCCCAUGGGCGGCGUUCGCCUGGUCACCCCUGUCACCGUCUCCGCUGUCAAGCCAGCUGUCACCACAUUGGUUGUGAAGGGCACCACAGGUGUUACAACACUAGGCACAGUGACAGGCACUGUCUCCACCAGCCUUGCCGGAGCUGGGGCACAUAGCACCAGUGCUUCUCUGGCUACACCUAUCACUACUUUGGGCACCAUUGCUACACUCUCAAGUCAGGUGAUCAACCCUACUGCUAUCACAGUGUCAGCUGCACAGACUACACUAACAGCUGCUGGUGGGCUCACCACACCUACAAUCACAAUGCAGCCUGUCUCCCAGCCUACCCAGGUGACUCUGAUCACAGCACCUAGCGGAGUUGAGGCCCAACCCGUACAUGACCUUCCUGUGUCCAUUUUGGCCUCACCUACUACAGAGCAACCCACAGCAACAGUCACUAUCGCUGACUCAGGCCAGGGUGAUGUACAACCUGGCACUGUGACACUGGUGUGUUCCAAUCCACCCUGUGAAACCCAUGAAACAGGCACCACCAACACAGCUACCACCACUGUUGUGGCUAAUCUUGGGGGACAUCCUCAGCCUACCCAGGUGCAGUUUGUUUGUGACAGACAGGAGGCAGCUGCUUCACUUGUGACCUCAGCUGUGGGACAACAGAAUGGUAAUGUGGUCCGUGUCUGUUCAAACCCCCCCUGUGAAACCCAUGAGACAGGCACCACCAACACUGCCACAACAGCCACCUCAAACAUGGCUGGGCAACAUGGCUGCUCAAACCCUCCCUGCGAGACUCAUGAGACAGGCACCACCAGCACUGCCACUACAGCAAUGUCCAGCAUGGGCACUGGGCAGCAGCGAGACGCUCGUCGUGCCACUAACACCCCCACUGUAGUGCGGAUCACUGUGGCUCCUGGGGCAUUGGAGAGAGCCCAGGGUACUGUGAAGCCUCAGUGCCAAACCCAGCAGACCAACAUGACCAGCACCACCAUGACUGUGCAGGCCACUGGAGCUCCAUGCUCAGCUGGCCCACUGCUCAGGCCAAGUGUGGCACUGGAGACUGGGAGCCAUAGCCCUGCCUUCGUGCAACUAACCCUUCCAAGUGUCAGAGUUGGGCUAAGUGGCCCCAGCAGCAAGGACGUGCCCACAGGGCGCCAACCAGAGACAUAUCAUACUUACACAACCAAUACCCCAACCACAGCCCGUUCUAUCAUGGUUGCUGGGGAGCUUGGUGCAGCUCGGGUGGUCCCCACAUCUCAAUAUGAUUGCCUCCAGGCAAGCUCUCCCAGUAGCACCAUGACUAUGACAGCCCUAGAGGCCCUGCUGUGCCCUUCAGCUACUGUGACCCAAGUCUGCUCCAACCCACCAUGUGAGACCCAUGAGACGGGUACCACCAACACCGCCACUACCUCCAAUGCGGGCAGUGCUCAGCGAGUAUGCUCUAACCCGCCUUGUGAGACUCAUGAGACGGGCACCACACACACAGCUACCACUGCCACAUCAAAUGGAGGCGCAGGCCAGCCUGAGGGUGGACAACAGCCUGCCAGUGGCCAUCCCUGCGAGACACACCAGACCACUUCCACUGGCACCACUAUGUCAGUCAGUGUGGGUGCCCUGAUUCCUGAUGCCACUCCCUCUCAUGGGACCCUGGAGUCUGGCUUAGAGGUGGUAGCAGUGCCCACUGUCACCUCCCAGGCUGGUGCCACACUGCUGGCCUCUUUCCCAACACAGAGGGUAUGCUCCAAUCCUCCUUGCGAGACCCACGAGACAGGUACAACGCACACAGCCACCACUGUCACCUCUAACAUGAGCUCAAACCAAGACCCUCCACCAGCUGCCAGUGACCAAGGAGAAGUGGCAAGUACCCAAGGUGACAGCACAAAUAUCACCAGUGCCAGUGCUAUCACUACAACUGUGUCUUCUACACUGCCAAGAGCAGUGACCACUGUGACACAGUCUACACCAGUCCCAGGUCCUUCUGUGCCGAACAUCUCAUCAUUGACUGAGACUACCCCAGGGGCUCUGACUUCCGAAGUCCCCAUCCCAGCCACGAUAACAGUGACCAUAGCCAACACAGAAACUUCUGACAUGCCCUUCUCUGCUGUUGACAUCCUGCAGCCCCCAGAGGAACUCCAGGUCUCACCAGGGCCUCGCCAGCAGCUGCCUCCAAGGCAACUCCUGCAGUCUGCCUCCACACCCCUGAUGGGGGAGUCCGCCGAGGUCCUGUCAGCCUCCCAGACCCCUGAGCUCCAGGCCGCCGUGGAUCUGAGCAGCACUGGGGACCCAUCUUCAGGCCAGGAGCCCACCACCUCUGCUGUUGUGGCCACUGUGGUGGUCCAACCACCCCAACCCACACAGUCUGAAGUAGACCAGUUAUCACUUCCCCAAGAGCUGAUGGCUGAAGCCCAGGCGGGCACCACAACCCUUAUGGUAACAGGGCUCACUCCAGAGGAGCUGGCAGUGACUGCUGCUGCUGAAGCAGCUGCUCAAGCUGCAGCCACGGAAGAAGCUCAAGCCUUGGCCAUCCAGGCUGUGCUCCAGGCUGCACAGCAGGCUGUCAUGGCAGGCACUGGGGAGCCCAUGGAUACAUCUGAAGCAGCAGCAGCAGUGACACAAGCAGAACUGGGUCAUCUUUCAGCUGAAGGCCAAGAGGGUCAGGCUACCACCAUACCCAUUGUGCUGACACAGCAGGAGCUUGCAGCUCUUGUGCAGCAGCAGCAGCAGCUCCAGGAGGCUCAAGCCCAAGCCCAGCAACAGCACCACCUUCCCACUGAGGCUCUGGCCCCAGCUGACAGUCUCAAUGACCCAUCCAUCGAGAGCAACUGCCUCAAUGAGUUAGCUAGUGCUGUCCCCAGCACUGUGGCCUUGCUACCCUCAACAGCUACUGAGAGUCUGGCUCCAUCUAACACAUUUGUGGCUCCUCAGCCUGUUGUUGUAGCCAGUCCAGCAAAGAUGCAGGCUGCAGCAACCCUUACUGAAGUGGCAAAUGGCAUUGAGUCCCUGGGUGUGAAACCAGACUUGCCACCCCCACCCAGCAAAGCCCCUAUAAAAAAGGAGAACCAGUGGUUUGAUGUGGGGGUCAUUAAAGGUACCAGUGUAAUGGUGACACACUAUUUUCUGCCACCAGAUGAUGCUGUUCAGUCAGAUGAUGACUCAGGCACCGUUCCAGACUAUAACCAGCUAAAGAAGCAGGAGCUGCAGCCAGGCACAGCUUAUAAAUUUCGAGUUGCUGGAAUCAAUGCUUGUGGCCGGGGCCCCUUCAGUGAGAUCUCAGCCUUUAAGACUUGUCUGCCUGGUUUUCCAGGGGCUCCUUGUGCUAUUAAAAUCAGCAAGAGCCCAGAUGGUGCUCACCUCACCUGGGAGCCACCCUCUGUGACCUCCGGCAAGAUUAUCGAGUACUCUGUGUACCUGGCCAUCCAGAGCUCACAGGCCAGUGGUGAGCCCAAGAGCUCUACCCCAGCCCAGCUGGCCUUCAUGCGAGUAUACUGUGGGCCUAGCCCUUCCUGCCUUGUGCAGUCCUCCAGCCUCUCCAACGCCCACAUUGACUAUACUACAAAGCCUGCCAUCAUCUUCCGCAUUGCUGCCCGCAAUGAAAAGGGCUACGGCCCUGCCACACAAGUGAGGUGGUUGCAAGAAACCAGUAAAGACAGCUCUGGCACCAAGCCAGCUAGCAAGCGGCCCAUGUCGUCUCCAGAAAUGAAAUCUGCUCCAAAGAAGUCUAAGGCUGAUGGUCAGUGAGGAAGCUGGCCAGCAUCUGGAUCCUCCAGACCCCUCUGCUUCAGGAAUGCCCUAUAGGGCCCACCUUCCCGCCCUGCCCACCUGGCCUUUGCACUUCACCCUCACCAGCUACUGGCCACCAUUCAGUCUCCCCCUUUCCCUCUGUUUUUACAAUAAAGAAAGCACAUUUUACCAUUGCUGUUGGGAGGAAGCAGAAGGCAGAUUGGAAAGAACGGCGAGUAAGUGCAAGUUGUGCUCCUUCCUUUUCCCUACCUAAUGCCCUCCCUGGGUUGAGUAUGACUGGACAGUUCAGAGACUUUGGGAAAAGAAAUUAAAACUGAAAACAAAAGAGAUAGUUCCCAUACUUAAGCCUGCACUCGUUUGUAGUUCAUUACCCUUGGCCUGAGAGACAGCCAAGGGCUGGAGGGGGAAGGGCAUCCCCCAAGUUCUCUCAGAGGCUUUUCCCAGCAGGUAUCCAUCCUGGGUAUCUGUCUGACUCUGUUUUGUUUUGUUACUAUCCUUGUAUUUCCAGCCACCUCCCAUCCCUUCUUCAAGCUUAGCCAGACCUAUCUCGCCCAGCAAAGUCACAGGAAGCUUAAGUAUCUCAGAGGCCUUUGAGUUUCCCACUCAACACCUCUCUCUCCUUACAAAAGAGAGGGGUUGGGGGGUGGGGGAGACUUGGUUGAUCUGAGCAGUGGCUGUGAAAUCCUCCCAAUGGGCACAGAAUGGCCCCCAGUAACCCUGGCUUUGGCCUACCUUUUUGAGCCUGGGGGCCCCAUCACCAACUGCUGCAUUUGUUGUAUUUUUUAAGUUGAAAUUAAUGAAGUUAACAUUUUUAUUGUAAUUUUAGCCUUAGCGUGUGGGGGUUUAUCCUUUUUGUUAGCUGUGUACAGAAUGUGUAUCCUAUCUCCUCCCCCACCCUCCAUCCUAUCCCCCCCUCACCCCCUACCCCCCCCCAGCUAAUCAUUGGCAGGGGUCUUCCUGGGGAAAAGCUAAAAGAGCAGCUAGAGUAGGAGAGAAACAGAGUGUCUUGGGUGGGACUUGGUAGACACUGCCCCAAUAUCCUAUUGCUAGCCCCUGCCUGCUUCUGGAACAGUGUGAGACAAUUAAACUUCAUUCCUUGUGGGUUAGCACUUAACAUGUAGAGGCUUGGGCUUAAAGGUGGUGUCCACCUUAAUCAGCAUCACUUGCAGAGACUGACCCUAAACAACACAGCAGGAACAGGGAACAGGUGGGACUUUGACCCCCUUGGAGGCAGCCCAGGAUGGCAGUGGGGUAUGCCAUAUCUAUCCACAGAGGCUAUGGGUAGGUACCAAAUACCAACUCAGUAAUUAAUUUUGUAGCAUUGUCCCCAAGCUCUGGAUUUUUUUCUCUCUCCAGGACCCAAGUUUUAGGCAAUGAGUAAUGCUUGCAAGCAAGUUACUGAAGGAUUUAAAAAUGGACAGCCAAUGUGUUCAGCAGCUCUGGCUUGUACCCCCUGGGGCCUCUAGUGUAUUGUAUUAUAUUUCUCUGUGGAAAGUCAUGUUUAGUCAAAUUCGAACCCACUCCGCCUGUUCCCUUUGUUUUCCCUAUCCCUUCUCCCGAGCACCCUUUGAUUUCUGAGGACAGUACUACCCAUUCAUCUAUUGUAGAGUAACCCUUGUGACUCAAUAUUACCAUAGUGCGAUGUUGUUUUGUGCUAUUUUGAACAAUUAAAAAAGACUUUUUUUGAAAUAAC